GGGGUGGGGUGGGGCGGAGCCGGCGCAGGGUGCUGGUGGCGGUGGCCCUGGUCCCAGCGCCUGGCCCGCUCGCGGCCGACCGCGUGAGAGCAGCGGGGCUCGACGUCGUGGCCCAGCCACGAUGGCCACGCACGGAAAGCUGCGGCGGGAGCGGGGGCUGCAGGCUGAGUAUGAGACCCAAGUCAAAGAGAUGCGCUGGCAGCUGAGUGAGCAGCUGCGCUGCCUAGAGCUACAGGGUGAGCUGCGGCGGGAGUUGCUGCAGGAGCUGGCUGAAUUCAUGCGGCGGCGCGCUGAGGUGGAGCUGGAGUACUCCCGUGGCCUGGACAAGCUAGCCGAGCGCUUCUCUGGCCGUGGAGGCCGCCUGGGGGGCAGCAGUCGGGAGCAUCAAAGCUUCCGGAAGGAGCCAUCCCUCCUGUCACCCUUGCAUUGCUGGACUGUGUUGCUGCAGCAGACGCGGCAGCAGAGCCGAGAGAGUGGUGCCCUCAGUGAGGCACUGGCUGGGCCCCUGGCCCAGCGAUUGAGUCACAUCGCAGAGGAUGUGGGGCGCAUUGUGAGAAAGACUAAGGAUCUGGAGCAGCAGCUGCAGGAUGAGCUCAUGGAGGUGGUCUCAGAGCUCCAGACGGCCAAGAAGACGUAUCAGGUGUACCAUACGGAGAGCAUGAAUGCUGAGAACAAGCUCCGUGAAGCUGAGCGACAGGAGGAGAAGCGGGCUGGCCGGAGUGCCCCCGCCACUGCUGCCACUACUGCCACAGCUGAGGCAGGGCCCCUCCGCAAGAGCUCCCUCAAAAAAGGAGGGCGGCUGGUGGAGAAGCGUCAGGCCAAGUUCUUGGAGCACAAACUCAAGUGCACAAAAGCACGCAAUGAGUACCUGCUCAGCCUGGCCAGUGUCAAUGCCGCUGUCAGCAACUACUACUUGCAUGAUGUCUUGGACCUGAUGGAUUGCUGUGACAUGGGGUUCCACCUGGCUCUGGGGCAGGUGCUUCGGAGCUAUGCAGUUGCUGAGAGCCGUACCCAAGCCUCCCAGAGGCAGGGCCUAUGCAGCUUGGAGGAAGCUCUGGAGGCCCUGGAUCCCCCAGGGGACAAAGCCAAGGUGCUCGAGGUGCAUGCUACUGCCUUCUGUCCUCCACUGCGUUUUGACUACCAGCCCCAUGAGGGGGAUGAGGUGGCCGAGAUCCAGGUUGAGAUGGAGCUGCGGGAUGAGAUUCUGCCCAGAGCCCAGAACAUCCAGAGCCGCCUGGACCAACAGACCAUAGAGACAGAAGAGGUGAACAAGACGCUGAAGGCGACGCUGCAGGCCCUACUGGAGGUGGUGGCAUCAGAGGAUGGGGAUGUGCUUGAUUCCUUCCAGACCAGCCCCUCCACUGAGUCCCUCAAGUCCACCAGCUCAGACCCAGGCAGCCGGCAGGCAGGCCGUAGACGGGGCCAGCAGCAGGAGACAGAGACCUUCUACCUCACGAAGCUUCAGGAGUUCCUGAGUGGACGGAGCAUCCUCGCCAAGCUGCAGGCCAAACAUGAGAAGCUGCAGGAGGCUAUACAGCGAGACCUCCAGCCUGAGAGGCAGACCAGCAUUUUCUCAUCUCCAGGUGACAAGGAGGAGCAGAAGAUUUCUUGGACCCAGUACACACAGAGAAAAUUCCAGAAGAGCCACCACCCCCGCCCCAGCUCCCAGUAUAACCAGAGACUCUUUGGGGGUGAUAUGGAGAAGUUUAUCCAGAGCUCAGGCCAGCCUGUACCCCUGGUGGUGGAGAGCUGCAUCCGCUUCAUUAACCUCCAUGGCCUGCAGCACGAAGGCAUCUUCCGGGUGUCAGGUGCCCAGCCCCGAGUGUCAGAGAUUCGAGAUGCCUUUGAGAGAGGGGAGGACCCACUAGUGGAAGGCUGCAGCGCCCGUGACCUGGACUCGGUGGCUGGGGUACUGAAGCUCUACUUCCGGAGCUUGGAGUCCCCGCUCUUCCCCUCAGACCUGUUCAGGGAGCUGGUGGCUGCUUCAGAGCUGGAGGCUGUGGCAGAGCGCGUGGAGCAUGUAAGCCGCCUGCUGGCCCGCCUGCCGCCAUCAGUGCUGGUGGUCCUGCGCUACCUCUUUGCCUUCCUCAGCCACCUGGCCCAGUACAGCGACGAGAACAUGAUGGACCCCUACAACCUGGCCGUGUGCUUUGGGCCAACACUGCUGCCCGUGCCUGCUGGGCAAGACCCAGUGGCCUUGCAGAGCCGGGUGAACCAGCUGGUGCAGACGCUGAUCAUGCAGCCUGCUCAGGUGUUCCCAGCUGUUACCACACUGCCCGGCCCUGUCUACGAGAAGUGCAUGGCUCCGCCUAACACCAGCUGCCUGGGGUACACUCUUGGUACUGCCUGGGGGGAUCCUGUGGAGGGAAGGGCCCCUUACCUGCCUUGCUCUGCUCCAAACCCCAGGGAUGCUCAGCUGGAGGGCCUGGCAGGGGAGCAUGAGCCAGAGCUGGAAGCGGAGGCCACAACCCAGGAGGAUGAUCUAGAGGGGGUUUUGGAGGCUGUGGCCUGCUUUGCCUACAUGGGCCGCACUGCCCAGGAGCUAACAUUCCAGCGUGGGGACGUGCUGCGGCUGCAUGAGCGAGCUUCUAGUGACUGGUGGCGAGGGGAGCACGCUGGGACACGGGGACUCAUUCCUCACAAGUACAUCAUGCUGCCUGCAGGGCUUCUGGCCCCAGGUCCCCAUGCUGUUCUCCCAUCCAGGACAGAGAAGCAGGUGGCAGGCCCAGGCUCACAGGCUACAGUGGAGCUGGGGAGCACUCCAGAGGGGCUUCUGGCCUUGGAGUCCACCUAUCGGCCAGAGGUGUGCACCCUACCCGCGGUUGUGGGCCCCUCUGGGUACAGACGGCACUGCUUGGUCCCAUCCUCCCCAGAACAACACAUGGAGGUGGAUAAGGCUGUGGCGCAGAACAUGGACUCCGUGUUUCAGGAGCUCUUGGGAAAGACGGCUAUUCGCCAGGGCCUCAGGCCAGUGUCUGCCACCUCCCCCAGCCCAGGGUCCUGUAGCCGCCUGGGCAGGAACAAAGGCUUCUCCCGUAGCCCUGGGGCCCCAGCUUCACCCUCAGUGUCAAAUACCCAGGGUCUAGACUCAACCCUCAACCCACACUGAGGUGCAGUCUCUGUGGGCCUGACCUUGCCCCAGGUGGCCACCAGAGACUGGCCACUCUCCCCAGCCCUCUGCUUCUCCCAAGUACAGAGGAGGGUGAGGCUGCCCAAAUAGGGGUCCCAGCCCAUGCCCUGCCUGCGCCCAACCCUGGCAUAGGCCCCUUUUGGGGCAGCUGAGGAAGGAGGCCUUGCUGUGAAGGCUCAGCAGCAGCCAUUAGGUGGCAGGCACCCUUGCUCUGAUGAGCUCUUUCUCAGCUGCCUGGCAGGGGGUUUGGGGAGCCGCAAUUCAU